UUCCUGGCAAUGCAAACUUAGGGGCUCAUUUCAAUCGAGUUUAUUUAUAAAGAGAAAACAACGAGGAAAUUAUCAGAAGGACGAGUAUAUUCAAAGCAAACAGGACAUAAUUGAGAGCAGCACUGCAGAGAAGGGCUUAGGGGUGCUGGUCGAUGAGAAGCUCGACAUGAGCCAACAAUGUGCUCUUUGCAGCCCGUAAGGCCACCGUGUUCUGGGCCGCAUCAAAAGAAGCGUGGCCAGCAGAGCGAGGGAGGGGAUUCUGCCCCUCUAUUCCUCUCUUGUGAGACCUCAUCUGGAGUAUUGUGUCCAGUUCUGGAAUCCUCAACAUAAGAAGGAUAUGGAGCUGUUGGAAUGGGUCCAGAGGAGGGCUACAAAGAUGAUCAGAGGGCUGGAGCACCUCCCGUACGAGGACAGGCUGAGAGAAUUGGGGUUGUUCAGCCUGGGGAAGGCUCAGAGGAGAUUUUAUAGUGACCUUCCAGUACCUGAAAGGGACCACAAGAAAGCUGGGGCAGGACUGUUCACAAAGGCUUGUAGUGAUAGGACUAGAGGCAGCUGGAGAGGGGCAGAUUUAGACUAGACAUAAGGAAGACUUUUCACCAUGAGAGUGGUGAUGUACUAGAAUAAGUUGCCCAGGGAAGUGGUGGAUGCCCCAUCCCUGGAGUGUUCAAGGCCAGGUUGGAUGGGGCCUUGGGCAGCCUGAUCCAGUGGGACAUAUCCCUGCUCAUGGCAGGAGUGUUGACACUAGGUGAUCUUUAAGGUCCCUUCCAACCCAAACUAUUCUAUGAUCCUAUGAUAAUCAAUUUGAACAAAUUUAUUCAUAAAAGAGAAAACAAUGAGGAAAUUAUCAGAAGGAUGAGUGUAUCCCAAGCAAACAAGUCAUAAUUAACUUGAACACAUUUAUUCAUAAAAGAGAAAAUUAUGAGGAAAUUAUCAGAAGGACGAGUGUAUCCGAAGCAAACAGGACAUAAACGCUCGGUGGUCUAACACAGCAGCCACAGGCAGACCCAGAUGUAGCCUGACCUCUUGGCCUCCCCUCCCUUCCCUGCUGUGUCACUGACGUAUGCCCUGACACCACAGGCCUCUUGGCCCUAACCCUCGUCAUUGCUGGCGCCUGGGGUUGCAGCAGCCCAUUGCUCUGUGUGCAUGUGGGAGGUAGGAGGAGGUGUGUGCUUCCUCCAGCAGGAUUUUUGCCGUCGCUUUUUGCCCUGUGUGCCUGAUAGAGAUGCUGUCCAGGCAGGAUCUGGCCUGGGCUCUUGGAGAACUGUCUCCUGUGAUUUGAGUGAGGUGUAGAUAGAAUCAUAGAAUGGUUUGGGUUGGAAGGGACCUUAAAGAUCAUCUAGUUCCAACGCAGCUGCCAUGAUAUGGGAGAAUAUGUAUGUCUAGACAGUGACAGGUUUUGGGAUCCCGCUCUGACUGCCAUCAUGCUGCAGUGAUAUUUGCAUGUUAAUUCUGCUUGUCUUAGUUUCCUCAUCUGUAAAAUGAGGAGUAGCCUCCAACAGAAUGAUUGUGAAAACAAGUUGGCAUAAAACAGCACACUCUCGCAAGACUUAAUCGUAAGUCUUGACUAGCAAAUGCCUGGCCCUUGAGGUUCCCUGCUACCCCAUAGUUCACCCUCAGUGUGUCUGUAAUCUCACCAGUGGAACGUACAGUUAAUGCAUUUUCAGCUCUUUGCUGGGGGGUGAGAGUGUUUUAUGGGGGGCAAAGUUUGUUAGCCACUUCAGUUUUGCCCUUUGAUUUCUCAGGCACAGUGGAGCUUAUGAAGGCCAAGCAAAGAGCUGAAUUGUAUUUUGUGUGAGCAGAGGCAAGAGGCAUCCAGACGUGAGGAACUACAAAGGCAGGUGGGAAGAUGAGUCCGAAAAUUACAACAGAGCUGCUGAAGCAACUGCGGCAGGUGAUGAAGAGUCCCAAGUAUGUCCAGGAGCCUGUCCAAGCCUACAUAGUGCCAUCUGGAGAUGCCCAUCAGAGUGAGUACAUUGCACCCUGUGAUUGCAGACGGGCGUUCAUUUCUGGAUUUGAUGGCUCUGCAGGUACUGCCAUAGUAACUGAACAGCAUGCAGCAAUGUGGACAGAUGGGCGCUACUUUCUGCAAGCUGCACAUCAAAUGGAUAACAACUGGACGCUUAUGAAACUGGGUCUGAAAGAUACCCCAACUCAGGAGGAUUGGCUAGUGAGUGUCCUCCCAGAAGGCUCGAAGGUGGGAGUGGACCCUUUCAUUAUUCCAGCUGACCAGUGGAAGAGGAUGUCCAAAGCCUUGAGAAGUGCUGGCCACGACCUUGUGCCUGUCAAAGAAAACCUGAUCGAUACAAUCUGGACAGACCGUCCUCAGCGCCCCUGCAAGCCUCUCAUCACACUCGACCUGAGUUACACAGGAGUCACCUGGAGAGACAAAAUUGUAGCCCUCCGUUCAAAAAUGGCUGAGAGGAAAGUCCCAUGGUUUGUGGUAACGGCCUUGGAUGAAGUAGCAUGGCUUUUCAACCUCCGAGGCUCUGAUGUUGAGUACAAUCCCGUGUUUUUUGCAUACGCCGUCAUAGGAAUGAACACAAUCAGGCUCUUCAUCGAUGGUGACCGGAUGAUGGACCCAGCUGUAAGAGAGCACUUACAGCUUGACUCCACUCUGGAACCUGAGUUUAAAAUCCAGGUGAUGCCCUACGGAUCUAUCCUGUCAGAGCUGCAGGCUGUUGGCGCAAGCCUCUCACCCAAGGAGAAAGUGUGGAUCAGUGAUAAAGCCAGCUAUGCUCUAACUGAGGCCGUUCCCAAGGCUUACCGAUACCUCACCCCAUAUACCCCCAUCUGCAUUGCAAAAGCUGUGAAGAAUGCAUCAGAAACAGAAGGCAUGAGAAGAGCACAUAUUAAAGAUGCUGUUGCCCUAUGUGAACUCUUCAACUGGCUGGAGAAAGAGGUUCCAAAGGGAACAGUGACAGAAAUAAUUGCUGCAGACAAAGCAGAGGAGUUUCGCAGCCAGCAGAAAGACUUCGUUGAAUUGAGUUUUGCUACCAUAUCAAGCACUGGUCCAAACGGAGCCAUCAUUCACUACAAGCCAGUUCCCGAGACCAACAGAACACUGUCUGUGAAUGAGAUCUACCUCCUGGACUCAGGAGCACAGUACAGAGAUGGUACAACAGAUGUGACCAGGACAAUGCAUUUUGGCACGCCAUCAGCCUAUGAAAAGGAAUGCUUCACGUAUGUCCUGAAGGGACAUAUAGCUGUGAGUGCAGCCAUCUUUCCAAAUGGAACCAAAGGUCACCUUCUAGAUUCCUUUGCCCGCUCUGCCUUGUGGGACUGUGGUUUGGAUUACCUGCAUGGGACUGGACAUGGAGUUGGCUCUUUCCUGAAUGUGCAUGAGGGUCCUUGUGGCAUUAGCUACAAAACCUUUGCAGACGAGCCGUUGGAGGCUGGCAUGAUUGUCUCUGAUGAGCCUGGGUAUUAUGAAGACGGGUCCUUUGGGAUCCGAAUUGAAAAUGUUGUCCUUGUGAUCCCUGCUGAAACCAAGUACAAUUUCAAAAACAGAGGGAGCCUGACUUUUGAACCCUUAACCCUGGUUCCAAUCCAGACAAAAAUGAUUGAUGUUAAUUUGCUGACGCAAAAAGAGUGUAACUGGGUGAAUGACUACCAUCAGAAGUGCAGGGAAGUAAUUGGAGCAGAAUUGGAGAGACAAGGACGGCAUGAAGCUCUUCAGUGGCUCAUCCGAGAGACAGAGCCUCUCAUCAGAGUUCAGUAGCACCACCAUUGUCUGCACUGUGAAAAACAUCAGGACUGCUUGGAGUCACAGUAAUCUACGUCUUCACCCUUGAUACCACUGGGAGAACGUUCUUUAAUAAACCUUUGGAAAGCGGGAGGGGAUUUCAUGUAGUGUUUCUCUCCCUGCACCUGAGUGGGUGAUGC